AUGCGGGUGGCAGUCAUCGGUGCCGGGCCUUCGGGUCUAGUGACACUAAAGUAUCUGCUCUCAGCUUGUGACUCUCUGGGUUGUGACCCUGUCGAACCGAUCUUGUUCGAGUCCGAGUCAUCGGUGGGGGGGACGUUUGCUCAUCGCACAUAUGAGGAUGGAGAGCUUACGACAUUUUCCGACUUUAGGCCUCAGGACUCCGACCCGGACUUCCUUUCGACUGACCGUUAUGUCGAGUACCUCAACGUUUACUGCACACACUUUGGGCUUUGGGAGCACCUCAAACUUUCGACUACCGUUGUCUCGAUCCGCAAAAACGGGAACAGGAGCCAUAUCAUUACUUAUCGGCAGCAAGACGGUCCACAGACUGCAGAACAUGAAUGCGAUGCCGUGGCCAUUUGUACCGGACUCCACGUUACUCCGAAUAUCCCAAACAUCAACGGCGUGGACCGAGUAUCAAAAGUCUUUCACUCGUCCGAGUUCAAGAAUAGGAGCCAGUUUGGACUGGGGAAAACGGUGCUUAUCUUGGGUAGUGGCGAGACGGCCAUGGAUCUGGGAUACCUCGCCAUGCACAGCCCUAUCAAAAGAGUCUUGAUGAGCCACCGCGAUGGAUUUUUGUGCGCGCCCAAGAGAAUUCCUGAUCCUGUCAUUUUGCCCAUUCUUGGUAACAAGCCUGACCCGAACAGACUCAACGUGCCGGUCGACAGCAGCAGUGCUAGUCUUUUUGACACGGCCUACGUCCACCGCCGUCUGAGAGACCAAAUGUUGCUGUGGCAUUACUAUGAUAUCUUUAUCAAAUCGACCCUUUGGUUGGUUGGUGGCUCCAAGUAUGGAAUGGCACAGUGGAUAGGGGGGAUAUCGGAUGAGCGGUAUCACGCCAUUUUUUUCAACAAAUCCAACAAGGCCAUGCCAUAUCUAUCAGCCCCAUAUCGCCAAGAACGGGAAUUGUCCAUUGUCCAGAGAAUCAGGUCUUCCCUCAUUCAGGUGCCACUAGCAGAGACUGGUGGUCGACACAUUGACCUGGCACCCUGGCCUACCCACUUUGACGAACAAGGCAUCGUUCAUUUUCGGAGCAACAACCGUCCCGAAUUCCACCGCCUGAAGGGCCAAAGGAUCAAGCCUGAUGUGGUGAUAUUUGCAACAGGAUACACACAGACUUUUUCUUUCUUAUCCGAUGAUUACCCUACGCCAGAAAGCCUUGAUACACGAUCCAUCUGGAAGUCGACAAAUCCUUCUGUUGCUUUUAUUGGGUUUAUCCGCCCAUCCUUUGGCGCCAUACCGCCGUUGUCCGAACUACAAGCUCAACUUUGGGUUGUCAACCUUUUGCGCCCUGCAUUAGUACCAAGGCCCUUGAGCAUCACGGAUGAGCCACAUUACAAACUCAAAAUGAACAACAGAUCGCGAAUCCAGUACGGAGUGGACCACGAGAGCUAUGCAUAUCAGCUUGCACUUGACAUGGGAGCUGCAACAGGAUUCUCCCAGGUUUUAUCACGAGGAUGGGCAUAUCAAACGUCAAAGGGUAGACGCAAUGGCGGGUGGUACAAGUUGCCUCUAGUAUGGGCUUUGGGAGCUAACUUCAACACCAAAUUCCGGUUGAGGGGCCCAUGGAAGUGGAAAGGUGCAGAGGACGUCUUGGUGGAGGAGCUGUGGGCCACGGUUGAGCGAAGAGGAGGGUUCUUUGGCCAUGUUACACUCUCUGGCUUGCCUAUGGCUGUCUUCGGGUGCAUCAGCUUGGUGCUGUGGGUGUUGGAGCCUGUUAUGAACAUUUUGGGGAUGCUAAUGUGA